AUGACUAAUAUUAAAGAAUUACCCAAUGAAAUUCUCAUUACUAUCUUUAAAGAAUUACGAGAUUUAAAGAAUUUAAUUAUCACAUGCAGACAAUUUUAUGAAAUCAUCAUUGAUCCUUAUUUCAAGGUUGAAUGGUAUCAUCAUAAUUCAUUCAAUAUAUCUGAAAUAACCCAAUUAGGAUUUGUAUUUUUCGAUGAAAAAGUCAUAGAAAUUCUCAAGAAUAAUGAUAAAUACAUCA